AUGGAUCCAACCGUCAAUACCGAUCCUCCUUUUACAUCACUUUUGAAUCCUUCGAAUUCCAACCUGGAAAUGAAGGUUGUUCAUAUUAAACUUUGGUGUCACACCCGAGCUGAUGGUGCUUGUCUUUCAGACAUCUCAAAAGUACCAAACAUCUCUGUCGAAGAUCAUCUCGAUCAGAUCGCUGAUCUCUACGGAGGGACAAAAAACCUCUAUGGUACUAAAUUUACUGGUCGUCAGAAUACACAAUAUAUUGAAGUGUAUCCUAAAACUGAAAUUAAGAACGAUUUUCUCUCUAACGGUGUGCUGUAUGAAAAGUUUAACAUUAGACUUCUCCCAUUUGGUCCAACUGAUGUAAUUUUAGAUAAUCUUAGAACUACUUUAGAAAGACAUGAUAAAGUUUUGGACGUAUCAUUAAAUUAUGAUACCCGCAAAAGUUGGUUUUUGAGUUCUGGAAGGAUGGUGAAUAUUGUUAUACUACAUUUCCUGAUAUGCCGACAUGGUGUUGAUACCGUCACGGUGAUGGUCAUACCAAAUACGAAUGUAAAAAAAGUCUUGGAUUGCACAUUAUGUUAUUCUUGUGAUCGAUAUGGACAUAAGUCCGCUGAUUGUGACAAUCCCAAGUCUAAGACGGCUACCACUAUUGAAAAUGAUAAUAUGUCAACUAGUGAUGAGUGUUAUAUUCCAGGGGAUGAAGAUGAAGAGGAUUCUGAUGCCUUCAUGGAUUAUGUUAGUAACGAUAUCCAGUUCCAAGCUCAACAAACAUUUUGGACUCCCACACUGUGGGGGGGUUUUAAUUAUGAUCUCGAAUGGGAUAUUAUUAGCAGCAAAGGAUUAUACGAAACCUCAAAAGAUUGGAUCACCUUUCUCAAUGACCUGUUUAUCAAUGCCAUGUUAUAUAACAGCUUGAAUACUAUCCCUAUUUUUCAACGUUCCCAUAGAGUCUUGUCGACUAUUGAUUAUAUAUAUUAUGGUUCAUCUUUACAUAAGCUGAUCACUAAUACCUCUAUAGACUUUAUUAAUCCACAAUGGCCAGAUCAUACUUUUCUUUAUACUCAGCCUCAGCCAGCUGGGUGAGUCAAAAAUGGGCCCAGGUCCGUGGAGAGGGAAUCCAGCUUAUGCGUCCAACAAAAACUUCCUAUACAACUUGUCAGCACGACUUUGGAAAGUGUUGAAACAAGACAG